CUCUGUAGUUCCAGCAGCCGCCAGCCUGGGCAGCAUGCAGCAGCCACCGCCACCACCAGGGUCGUUGGUCCCUGCAACAGAACCCACCAAGCCCCCAUACAGCUACAUAGCCCUGAUCGCCAUGGCCAUCCAGAGCUCGCCAGGGCAGAGGGCCACACUCAGCGGCAUCUACCGCUACAUCAUGGGCCGCUUUGCCUUCUACCGCCACAACAGGCCUGGCUGGCAAAACAGCAUUCGUCACAAUCUGUCUCUCAACGAGUGCUUUGUCAAGGUACCCCGUGACGACCGCAAGCCAGGCAAGGGCAGCUACUGGACCCUGGACCCUGACUGCCACGACAUGUUCCAGCACGGCAGCUUCCUCCGACGCCGACGCCGCUUCACCCGGCGGGCAGGCACUGAAGGCACCAAGAGCUCUGCCAAGGCGCCCCGUGGACCCCUCAGAGCCACCAGCCAGGACCCAGGAGUCCCUGAUACUACGACUGGCAGGCAGUGCCCAUUCUUGCCAGAGCUGCCCAACCCCAAGGGCCUAAGCUUUGGGGGUUUGAUGGGGGCCAUACCAGCCAGCAUGUACCCAGCAACUGCUGACAGCAGGCCCCGGCCACCUGUGGAGCCCAAAGAGAUGCUCACGCCUAAGCCUGCAGACCCUGGGAAUCUCUCCAUGACCACUUCGUCUUCCCCUUGCUCGGCAUUUGGCUUUUCUACUGGUUUCUCUGAGGCAGAGGGUUUUAGCAAGGCCCCUACACCAGCAACCCCGGAGGCGGGCGUUGGCAGCAACUAUCAGUGUCGGCUACAGGCACUGAAUUUCUGCAUGGGGGCUGAUGCAGGUCUGGAGCAUAUCUUGGCCUCAGCAGCCCCAUCCCCUGCACCACCCACCCCUCCUUCCUCCCUCCGGGCCCCACUGCCCCUGGCAGCUGAACCCAAGGAACCCUGGGUUGCAGGGAGCUUCCCUGUCCAAGGAGGCUCUGGCUACCCACUGGGGCUGCCCCCCUGCCUAUACCGGACACCAGGAGUGUUCUUCUUUGAGUAACCUGGCCUCACCUCCACAGGGCCCCUGUCAAGGACACCCUCCAGGCUGAGCCUGGCUCUAGGACCUGGAGAGCUCUUAAGGGACCCAGCCCUGGCAGAACAAGGUCAGUUAGGAUGGGAAGCCAGAACUGCAGCAGCCAACACUCAGCCACGCCAUUGGGACCACCAGACUUGGGGGUGAGGGAAGGUGGAGUUGCUUACACUUGAUGCUGUGGCUCUCCGGCCAAUAAAAGUC